AAAGGCACUAGUUCUUCUACUAGAGGGCCGGGAAUAUUAAAGAUGGAACAACAAAAAUCAUCUUCGCUAGCAGUGCAGCAUCAGCAACCCGGCGCGCCGUCACCUUCAACGUCCAGCUCGAGAUAUGUUAUUCCAGUCGCGGAGCGAGGAACCACAGCUCGGGAAGAAAGCACGGGACGCCGGGAAGCAAAAAAUGCAGGUCGUACUAUUGCGCCGGCGGGCCGAUCGGUAGACGAGGUCGCUGCCGCAAGGAAGGCUGAUGACAAUAUUAGAGAUGCUCCUCCUGAAAGAACAGAAAGUACAGGAGACCGAAUUGUACUUCUAGACGAGCAGCAAGAACUACUCCCGACGCCCCGGCGUCGCGGGCCCCGUGCGUCGCCGAGCUCGUUUGGCCCUCCAAUGGUUUCUCCAGGGACGACUAGGAACGAGGAAAUUAUAAGGAAGGCAGGAACUAUAACAGCACCAGCGCCAGGGGCCAGCGGUGGGAAAGGCAAAGCGCGACCAGUUGGGACCACUUCUACACCGGCGGUCCUGGUACGACCACAGACAGGAGCUGCAAACGCUCCUGUUCACCACGGCGGUGGACAACAAGCCCAGCCAGGCCCACCCGAACCUCCAGGAGCUAAAGGCAAUAAAAACGCCGAUCCGCCACAAUCGCCCGGGCCGGCGAACAAUAAUAACCCGCGCAAGCAGCGGAAUAAGCGGAAGCCGCCCUUUUGGCAGUACACACAAAAACACGUCGUCGUAGAGCAGCAGCGGAACAACAACAAGCGCCGGGUCCUCGGGCAUCAAGCAGUUGCUGGUGUCGCUUCUAUUACCCCGACGACGGCGGGUGAAAUUCAGGCGUCGCAAUACUUUUAAAGGACUUUCAAAAAACUUUGAAAAUUUUAAAUUUUCUUGGUCGCCCACAUGAAAAAAAAAUGCAGAAAGUUGCCCGCCGGCUUGGAAAAAAAAAAAUAGCCUCUUGGCAGUAUGUGGCAGGAAAAAAAAAGUCGGAAACGACGCGCAGACCCAAAAAAAAGCAGCAGGAGGAGGCUGCGUCUGGGUUUUCUUUUUUUGCUCUUUGGCCUCAUAGCAAAAGGACUGCUCUGCGCUUCAUGGGCGCGACAGAAAUCGCACACAUUUGGUGGGGAGCAUUUCACGCAAAGUCCCCCUGUCCCCUUCCAAAAAAAGAAAGGCGUCGCCCGGUAGUAAUUCGGCGAAAAAAAUGGCACGGCUGCGGCAGUGGUCUGGCGAAAUUUUUUGCAGCUACGCUUGGCGGCUUUUCGCAAUAUCAAGCGCCACAGUUACGGCGCGAAACGGGGCCGGCCCCGGGUCCGGCCGCCCAUUAUGGGCGGCCGGCACCGCGGGAUCCGUUUGUAAGUGGCUGCGUUUGGAAGCCGUGUAUGAAUGAAACGGAAAAAUUGCGUAGAGAAUACCAUGCGGCACGCGCCUCGCACCGGGGGCACGGUGGGAGUUGGUUCGCCCAAAUGGCGCGGUGUUCGGGACGGCCAAAGUGCCCGAAUCCGCUCGGGGAACGUGUUAAAAACGCAGCCAAUUCCCUGGCCCGAUUCUGCCUGCGGCCAGAAAAGUCGCGAGUUUUCCUGCUCAAAAGACUUUGAAAAAACUUUGGAAAGACUUUGGGAAAAGCGCCCGGAAGUGCGCGCUUUUUGAAAGCUUCGCCCUAUGGUAUGGCCAAUUUUGGCCAUGCAAAAACAGGAGCGCUUUUCAAAGUCUUUUCAAAGUCUUUUCAAAGUCUUUUCAAAGUCUUUUCGAAGUCUUUUCGAAGUCUUUUCGAAGUCUUUUCCAAAGUCUUUUCCAAAGUCUUUUCAAAGUCUUUUCGAAGUCUUUUCCAAAGUCUUUUCAAAGUCUUUUCGAAGUCUUUUGAAAGUCUUGCGUCUGACUUUGGCGAGGCGGCCGGACCUCAGACUUUGGCACGGGAAGUUGGGCCAUACCGUGGGGAUUCGGCCAGUCGGCCGGGUCAAAAAGAGACAAAGAAGGCCAAUUUUGGCCAUUUGUGUGUUGCCAUGCCCCCGGGGCUGCGCGCGUGCCGCAUGGUAUUCUGGGCACCAAAUUCGCGGCGCCGCGAAGUUGGAAGGCGGCGCGGCGCAUGUGACACAUGGGGGGCCGCAGUACCACCGGCGCUGCGCGCGUGCCGCCUGGGUAUCUGGCCGCAUCUUUCCUAGCGCCGCCUCCGAAGCGGAAGCAGCUUACGGCGCCGCGAAGUUGGGGGCAUGUGACACACGGGGCGCCGUAGUGCCGCCGGCGCGGCAUGCGUGCCGCAUUACAAUCUGGCAGCGUUUUUCCUUCUGCCUAUGCCACGCCCCAAGUGGGCCCACUGCUUUAACGCGCCGCGCAGUCCUCUACUACAGCAACAAAUGGCGACGAAACUCCGCGCGCCCUUUCGCCCUCGCUGUGUUUUUUUCUUGAUGUUGGAAAGGGCCGCGCCCAGCAACGCGCCGGGGGCGCAGCCUCUUACCUAGCGCGCCACCCGGGCAACGGGAAGCGCGGUGGGGCAGCGACAGGGCAUGGGGCAACCAAAAGAAGGGCGCCAGCAUGUGGCGCGCGGCCCGCAAGCAAAAGUUUUAUAAUAGUUCUGCCCAAGUAUUUCGGCCGGAGGAAACACCUGGGCGUCGUAGGUGUAAUUCUACCACAGAAACCAAGUACGUCAUCCCCGGCAUUGGGAACACAUUCGCCCGGAAGCGGAAAAAAGGGAAGAAACGAACCGCAGACCUGGCACUCACAGAUCCUGCGGUGUUGUUUCCUCUAAAUGCCGCGAAGUACGCAGGCCCGCUGUCUCUGACGGCGUUGGAGGAAAUGAACAUGCUGGGUGCUGUAUCCUGAGUAAAAACGUACCCACCCCAGAGUUGUCAUGCAGAUUUGCCAUGACAGGAACAUUUGUGAUGCGCAACCCCAUGACAGGCAUUUUCAAUCGUGUUUGGGAGCUUGUAAUGCUGUAAACAGGAUCAGAAGGUCGAUUUGUGAUGCGGCUUUCCUUGCUAACUUGCACUACCUUACGGACUGAAACUUGUCAUGCGUGACUCACAAAACUCCUAGGUUUGUGUUGCAAAAUCCCCAUCCUGACUCUGGUGUGGGUACGUUUUUACUCAGGAUAUGCUGGUGGAGCUGGUGAAAAUAAAGCAGGUCGCGGUGCGCGACCAGGUGCAGCUGGUCAGAACAAGCAAAAGAAAAGUAAGCCCCUGGCCACCAAGGAGAUUACGCGCGACACGAAGAAGAUGUUAUGAACUGCAAAAGUAUCGUACUCGUAUAAAUGCAUUACAAAUUUCCUCAGCGUCAGAAAGAAAAUUUGUAAUGCGGAUUUCCCUUGGCCUUGACCUUGAGAAAAAAAUUUGUAAUGCAUGACUGCGAUUACUACGAGUGCGAUAUUUUUGCAAUGCAUAGAUGUUUUGCUAUGGCAACUUCGACACGAACUACAAGCAUCGGCGGGAUCGGUUCCAGACGAUCGAUGUGCGGAUUCUAGUUCUCCUGAAAUACCUCCAGCUUCCGACAACGACCCAUUACACGGGCGACGUGUUUUUCGGCAAAAAAGUUCUCGAUAUUGGCUGCAACACCGGGACGGUUGCGUUCGCACUGUCCGCUUUCUGCAACGCCAAGCAGGUUGUUAUGGCGUUCUCAAAUCAGUUACAUUCUCAAGUGUUACACGAAUUUGUAAUGGAAGAACAGCAUCAGUCAAAGGGGCAAGCUUGCUGCUUUCGCAUCACAGAUUUGGCACAGAUUUCGAUGCUGUUUAGCCUCUCGGAGAUUUGUCAUGCGAAGCAGCGUGAUCACCUGGCGUCUUCAGGUAGUCUUGCAUGACAAAUUCGUGUAACAGUUGUGAAUGGAACGUUUGAGAGCUCCAUAGUUGUGGGGGUGGACGUGGACAUGAACUGCACAAAAAUCGCUCUGAAGCACUUGCGGAAAAUCAAAGCCGACGGCGUGGAGUUUUUCAACCAUCCUGAGGCGAACCAGAGUGUGGAUUUGUUUUCCGUCAGGGACAACAAAAUGGAAGUAGUUGGAGCUAAUGAUGAAGAUGGUGAGCCACUUGAUCAUGAUCAUGCAGAAGACCAGCGGCAAAAGAACACUGUAUCAGCACCAGCAUCACCUCCAGCUCCAGCUGCGCCUCCGCCUCUAAUCGAAAUUCCAACCAUCGCGUCGGUGAGGUACGUGCCACCAGAACCUCCGGAGAACGCAGACAACAAAUCCGCUGGAGAUGUUGAUUUACUAACAUCGGGUCAGCCGUCUGCCGUCGCUGCCACGGCACAGCAGCUCGCUGCCGCGCGGAAGCAGAUAGAGGAGGCCUUUGCACAAGCCAUUGGAGGUGCUGCGGGAGGUGCAGCUAGUUCUUCUACUGGAGGUGGUGCGACGUCGUCCUCUUCCACUGGACGGCGACCGAAAACAAACAAGAAUAGCACAAUCCGUUUUACUUCUACUGCAACGCACCUUGUUCCCUUCCACACGCCUUCUGCGCGGGAGGACGCAACCCAGUUCGCAGAUGUUCUGGUGCAGAAUCGCAGUGUGAUUCCCUACGUCACCAAGCCGUACUUGAUGCGAGAGGAGCCCCCGCUGAUUCGGAAAAAAUCGGACUUUGACUUCCCCUACAACCUGCAAUUUUCUACCGAAGAUUUUCUCGCCCCACGCAGUCUCGUCUUUGCCCAGGCCCUGGCGACGCGGACGACCGUUGUCCGGGCGCAGCGACAGUCGGGUGAAGGACGAGUGGGCGGUCGUGGGAACGCGACCAUGCAGCGACUUUCCCCUCGCUUUGCAGAUCAACAAAGUGCUGGCGCAGCUGAUGCUCUAGUUCAACAUCCUGCUAGGGCUAGUGUUGGCGGUGGUAGUGCAGUAAAGAACGUUCAACCUCCUGUUGAAGGGAACCGAACUCCGCGAACGCCGCAACAAGGUCGGGCUGGACAAACACCAGGCACCCCCAGAAGUGGUCCACGGAAUGAUUUGUUCCGCAACAGCACCGCAGCAGGCGUUCCGGCUGAGCAAGGAGCGCAGAACCUCCUGCAACGACCCCCAACUACACCAACUGGAAAAAACUACCAAUCAGGACCUACUUUGUCGAAACAUUUUCAUUCACCACGUGCUCUCCACACGACGACCACGAAAGUGGAAACGAACUUGUUCGAUACGGUGCUGCUUUUCUCCGUCACAAAAUGGAUCCACAUGAAUUGUGGGGACAGGGGGAUAGAAUUGCUCUUCGACCGGUGUUGGGAAGUCUUGAAACCCAACGGCGUCUUAAUUCUCGAGUACCACCCGUGGCAGGAGUACGCGACGCCCGAUCCAAAGCAGGGGGGGAGAAGUACGACGACCGGCGCUGCGGGGGAAAAUAAAUACAAUGAGAAGUCUCAGCACCGGAAGCGGAAGCACGCGUCCGAUUUUAUGCAGCAGAACGUGCUGGAAUUGAAGCACCGACCGGAAAAUUUCCGUCAGCUGCUCUGUCAGAACGGCCGGUUUGGCAACGUGCAGGUGAUACACAAAGACCGGUUUCCGGCGUUGCGACGGACGCUGUAUUUGUUCACGAAAUAUAGCAAGAGCACGACGACGAGUGGUGGGAACAAUAAAACGAAGAUGGACCGCGAUUAUCAAAGGGAAGAUGUUGACCCUGCCCAUCCCGCCCCGAAAGUAGAAGAUCCUGCGGGAAGAAGAAAAUCCGCUGAUCUCGUCGUCGUGACAGACGGAAAUGAAGGAGAAAACAAAGAAGGAACUGCGCACAGAAGGUGGACAUCUGGAUCUGGCCAACACCAACAGGAUGAACAGCGAGCACUGAAGCGAACAAAGGUCUGACGCAAGUGACAGUGAAUACCCGCCAUUUAUCUUCAUCGC